GAUUUAAAACAGCUGACUGUUUUCAAGAUGUCUUCCGUCAGCUUGUUUAUUAUUUAGGUUAUGUUUUAUGUUAUAAAGCAUUAAUGCUUAAUAUUUACGAUUGUGUAUAACAAUUACAAUAUCUCAUUAAUUUAUUGUUGUAAUACGGUAUUACGGUUGAUUUUAUUGUAAUUCACAAGGAGUUCGUUUUUAUCAAUCAGCAAGGUCUUUCUGGACUUGGGUUGUUUUUGCAAUCAACGAUUCAUUAGUAAAUAUUAGUCUACAAUCUGACUAGUUAUUGAAGAACGUGAGGAAUUAACACAACUGGACUUGCAUUAAAAGAAUUCUUUUUAUUUUUAAGUGCGGACCAACUUUUCAAAAUUACAAUGAUGCCGGGUCGAGUUCCCAUCUUACCAGAAAACCCUUUGGGCCUUUCGUGGCAUGACAGCAACUGGAUUCCAAUACUAAACACUUCAAACGUGAUGGAAUAUUUCUCAGAGAGGAGUAAUCCAUUUUAUGAUCGCACUUGUAAUAAUGAAAUUGUAAAGAUGCAGCGUUUGAGCCUUGAUCAGUUGAAUAAUAUGACAGGACUUGAGUACAUCUUACUUCAUGUUCAAGAACCUAUUCUGUACGUGAUAAGAAAGCAGCAUCGACACACAGUCAAUCACACCAUAGCUCUUGCCGACUACUAUAUUAUUGCUGGUGUCAUCUAUCAAGCCCCUGAUCUUGCAUCCAUCUUGAACUCAAGAUUACUGUCAACAAUCCACCACUUGCAAUCGGCUUUCGAGGAGUCGAUGUCGUACUCGAAAUACCAUCCGAGCAAGGGCUACUCGUGGGACCUGAAAGUGCCCGAUAAGCCCAAGAAAGAGACUCAGCGUGAAGAGCCCAGCUCACUCUUUCAACGGCAGAGAGUCGACAUGCUGUUGGCCGAACUCACUAACAAGUUUCCUCUGCCUCCUCUGCCUCCUCCACCUCCUGCUAAGCAACCUGCUCAACAGCAAGAUAUAAAGCAAGAGCCCAAACUGGAGAAGACAAAUGACUGUAUGAAGCCUCCACCUGAGAAGAAACCCAGACUGAGCUGAACUUCCAAUAUAAAAUGGUUUGGUCAUAAUUGAAUUAAUUCUCUCUUACAACCUCCGUAAUAGUGGUGAUGUUAGAAAAGAGUGAACCCAUAAACCGAACUAAUUCCAAGUUUAUGUGAAUGGUGAUAGUAUAAUUAUAAUUUAUGGAAGUAAUGAUACUGAAGAAGCUACAAAGCUGAUUUAUUUAUUUAUAGAAUUUUAUUUCAAACAAGGAAUCUUCAAUAUUGUGGGACUAUAUCAUAAUGUUUGUGAUUACACGGUUCUCUUGUAAAUAAAAUAACUUAUACCAAUUA